UAGGCACCAAAAAGAGAAGCAAUCCAACUACGCGAGAAUAGCGUUCUGAACAGUACUUAGAUACAUUGGCAGGAUAACGUCAUCCAUGAAUCUCAUUAUUAAUUACUAUUAAAAUUUUUUUAUUAGAAGUGUCAGCUAAUUUUUGUUUUCUCAGUGGGUUAAUUAGGCUAUAUAAAGGGACUCUUGCACUCAAUUUUCACAAGUUGCUCCAUCGAUUGAGCAGAUCGCAAUGGUAGUGUUGUUGUUCUUUGUCCUGGCCGUCCCCAGCCUCUUCCUAUUCUUUCUCCUAAAACAUAGAAACAAUGGCAAUAUUCUUCUUCCCCCUAGCCCGCCAGGUCUGCCCUUGAUCGGUCAUUUACACCUGCUGAUGCUUGAUAACUCAGCCCAUCAUAUUUUUCUUUGGAAACUCUCUCAAAAGUAUGGCCCUCUCAUGUCCCUACGACUUGGAUUUAGGCCAGCCCUGGUUGUUUCUUCAGCAAAAAUGGCUAAAGAGGUUAUGAAAACCCAUGACCUCGACUUCUGCAGUAGGCCUAUUUUACAUGGGACGCAAAAGUUAUCUUAUAACAACUUAGAUUUCGCUUUUACUCCAUAUAAUAAUUAUUGGAGGAAGAUCAGGAAAAUAUGUGUCAUUCAUCUCUUAAACUCUAACAGGGUACAACUCUAUCGUCUUAUCCAAGAAGAUGAAGUUGCUCGUCUGAUUACAAAAAUAUCCAAAUUAUCUGUUGAUUCUAAGCUUGUCAAUUUGAGUGAGGCAAUGAUAUGUCUUACCUCUACAAUAAUUUGUAGAGUAGGAUUUGGCAAGAGGUAUGAAGAAGAAGGAACAAAAAGAAGCAGAUUUCAUGGGUUACUUAAUGAAAGCCAAGCCAUGAUCGCGACCUACUUUUUUUCUGAUUAUUUUCCUUUCAUGGGUUGGGUAGAUAGACUCUCUGGAUUACUCGAUCGACUUGAAAAAUUUUUUAAAGAAUUUGAUAUCUUCUAUCAAGAAGUUAUUGAUGAACAUCUUGAUCCAAAUAUAUCAAAAUUUGAGCAAGAUGAUAUAAUCGACGUUUUACUACAAAUUUCGAAAGACCACAUAAAAGCUGUGCUAAUGAAUGUGUUUAUCGCGGGAACAGAUACUAGUGCUGCCACUGUGAUUUGGGUCAUGACAUUCCUAAUAAGAAAUCCUAGAUGUUUGAAGAAAGUUCAAGAGGAAGUCAGAAGCUUGAUAGGAAAAACAAGUUUUGUAAAUCAAGAUGACAUUCAAGGUUUAAUUUAUCUUAAAGCUGUGAUAAAAGAGACAUUCAGAUUGCAACCGGUAACUCCAUUGUUAUUGCCACGAGAAACAAAGCGAAAGUGCAAUAUUGGUGAAUAUGAAAUACCUUCCAAAACUUUAGUUCACGUGAAUGCAUGGGCAGUUGGAAGAGACCCUGAAGCUUGGGAAAACCCAGAGGAGUUCUAUCCAGAGAGAUUCAUUGGCAGCUCUAUUGACUAUAAAGGAUUAGACUUUGAGCUCAUACCUUUUGGUGCCGGUAGAAGGGGUUGUCCCGGAAUACAUAUGGCAGUUAUGACUGUGGAGCUUGCCCUUGCUAAUCUUCUUUACAAAUUUAACUGGGAAAUGCCGGCCGGGAAAAACAUGGGAGACUUAGACUUCGAUGUGAUACCCGGUAUCGUUGUACACAAAAAAAAUGCUCUAUGCCUUGUGGCCAGCACGAUUAAUAUGUAA